AUGGUUAAAAUUAUCGAAAGAACAUUUUUACUCCUUUUGUUUAUUGAAAUCAUAUUUUUUGAAAUUACUUGUUCAAAAAAUUUAAAUGUUAUUCCAAAUAAUAAAGGGCUUAAACCUUCAAAAAAUCUUCGUGGUUUUUACAAACAGCCAAGUAUCAAAUCUCAAGUUGGAGGGUAUCAUCAAGCAGAAGUUUAUUUUAAGACCAAAGUUCCUUCAUUAAAUCUUGAUCAAAGUGGAGUAACCGAUAUCGAUUGUUAUGAUGAUGAUAAAAUUACAUUCCGAAGACAUGAUGUUAAAAAAAUUCAUCAAUGGCCUGAUAAAGUUAUUUUAAUGAUCUCUCAUAAAUGGAAAUGUUUUGGUAAAUCCACAACACAAUUUUUUAUGGUAAAAGAUAAAAAGGUAGAUGUCAAGAAUAACAAAGUAACUUUUAUCACGGAAAGUUGUGAUAUUCAAGAUUGGUCUGAAGAAUUUUAUCUUGAUGUUUCAUGGGAAAAUGUAAAACAAAAUAAUCUUUACAAAAGGUCCAAACUUCCAAAAAUUGACACAUCAAAUACGUUCAGUUUAAAUGUUUUAUUUGAUGAAGCGAAUGGAAAAACAUCAAAACCGGAUAUUUCACUUGCAGAAAUCUCAAAGGCCAAAGUACUUUGCGCAAAUUGUUUUAUGACCGGUAAAGCUACUGUUUCAUUGAGAAUUGCAGCUAAAUUUGGUUUUUUCUCUGGAUUUAAAUUGACUGAUGCAUCAAUUGCUCUUGAUGGAAAUGUUAAAUUAAACAUGGAUCUUGCCAUAGAAGGUGCGGCCGAAACCGAUUCCAGUAAAACACUGUUAACUUUGCCGAUAUCGGGUAUUGGUAUACCAGGUAUAUUUAAUCUAGGACCUUCAAUUGAUCUAGUUUCUAAAACUGGAAUAGCUGCCGGUGCAAAUGCAACGAUAAAUUUCGGUGGGGAUAUUAAUUUACCAAACUUUCAUGCAAAGGCCACAUUUGUAAAAUUUCCACCAACCUUUGAACAAUCUGGAUUUAAUCCUGAUGUUAAUUUACAUAAACCUAAUCUUGACAUCGGCACUCAACCUAAAGUAUCAUUUUCCGCUGCUUUAAAACCACGACUUGCUUUUGGUCUUAGCGUAUUAAAAGAUCGGCUUGUAAAAAAGAAAGUUGGAAUUGAGUUAGUUGGACAACUUGACACUAGUAUUACAUUUGGUGAAACAAGUAAAUGUAAUACUGAUGAUGAUCGUCUUGAAUCCAAUCUUAAUGGUAAUUUAGGUUUUUUCAUCAACGAUGAUAAUUUUCCUAUUUUCGAAUUUCCUUCUAAAGAUUUAAUAAAUAAAUGUAUAUAG